CCUCACUGCAGCACAACAAUCCACACUCCACACAAUCCUCACAACACACACCGCUGCCAUACAAAAUUCCACUCUACCCACAACAACACACAAGAUACGCACACGCACACACCCCAAUUUCCAUAUACACACGUACUGACCGAACUGACACCUUCCACCGUCUUCUCCACACUUUACACACACUAGAGCACACAUACGGAAAGAGGUGACAGAGUGAGGAAGAACCAGCGAGAGAGAGUGAUUGGGGAAAGAGAAAUGCGAGAAGAAGGGAGAUCGAGAGAGAGGGGGAAAGAACGGACGGCGCGUAAAUAUUUUUUUGGCGAGCUCUCGUUGGAAAUCCACCGGACUUACCAUCAAAACACACCUACUGUCACUGUUCCGGCAAUUUCUUCCCAGGAGCAUCGCCGGAAUCGGUAUUCUCCAUCGAAACCGACCACCCGCGGGCCGAAAAGUUCCCAAAUCCUCCUCCGUUUCAAUUGCUCCGGCAAAAUCUUACCGGGAAACAACAUAUUAUUGGCCGGAAACCCAUUUUCAGUGAAAUCCAUCAUUGGUUGUUCGAAAUAAAAUCGUCAAAUUAAGAAAUAAUGGGGAAUCUGGGUUUUCUUCUACUUCCACAGCUGAAGAAGUAACCCAUGGAAUCGACGGCUCCAGUCUCACUGCCAUUGUUACAGGAGCAUCAAGUGGUAUUGGUGCUGAAACUAGCCGUGUUCUUGCUCUGCGUGGAGGUCAUGUUAUCAUGGCUGUCAGGAAUAUAGCUGCCGGAAACGGUGUUAAAGAAGCAAUAGUAAAGGAAGUCCCAGCUGCUAAAGUUGAUAUAAUGGAGUUAGAUCUUAGUUCAUUGGCAUCAGUAAGGAAAUGUGCAGCUGACUUAAUAUCAUCGGGUCACUCUUUGAACAUGCUAAUUAAUAAUGCAGGAGUGGUGGGAAUUCCCUUUAUGCUUUCCAAAGACAACAUAGAGCUGCAAUUUGCCACAAAUCAUCUAGGUCAUUUUCUUUUGACAAAUUUGUUGUUGAACAAGAUGGAGGAGACAACACGUAAAACAAAGAGAGAGGGAAGGAUUGUCAAUGUUUCUUCAGUGGGUUACUGUAUAUUCACAUAUCGUGAGGGAAUUCGCUUUGACAGAAUUAGUGAUCCCAAAAGCUACAGCAGUUUUUGGGCAUACGGACAAUCAAAGCUGGCCAACAUACUGCACACUUAUGAGCUUACAAGACGCUUAAAGGAAGAAGGAGUGGAAAUAACAGCAAAUUCACUUCAUCCCGGAGUAAUCACGACCAAUAUGUUCCGUCAUCUGGGCAUUUUUGACGGUUUUGUAAGCAAGUUUGGAAAGUUCAUUUUUAAAAACGUUCAGCAGGUAAUGUUCCACCUUGAGCAUUUAUUAGAUUUGCAGUACCUACAUAUUCUUACGCACAUUUAUAGAAUUUUUGACACCUUCCAGAGCAAGUUUUUGGAUUUGUUUUUCCUUUUCCAUCUUCUCUGUAUAGGGAGCAUCAACCACCUGCUAUGUUGCAUUGCAUCCUCAAUUGAGGGGGGUAAGUGGUGAAUAUUUUUCGGACAACAAUUUGGCGACGAUGACUGCAUUGGCUAAAGAUGCGGAUUUAGCUAAAAGGCUCUGGGAUUUUAGUAUGGAUCUGGUCAAGUAAUAUGUUGUACCAGGAAAAUAGAAAAUAGACCCGUAAGCACGUGCUGCUACUUUAUUUUCAGUUCCAAAUUUGCGAUAAAUUGAAUCAUGUGUACACUUAAUUAUUUAAGCAAAUCUGUUAAAAGCAUUCAA